UAUCUACUCUUUUUUUCUUUUUUUGACAAGUCAAAAUAUGUAUCUACUCUCAUAGCAGUCACUCUCACGUCUCAGCCGUCGUAGUCUUUCCUCUCUCACUCGCUGUUUCUCCCUUUAUACAAAACUGCAAGGUGCCAUCCAGAGAGAGAGAGAGAGAGAGAGAGAGAGAGAUUGGUUCGGUGGUGGUGGAACAACAGGGGAGAAAAUGGAGCACACGACUCCCAAACUCGUAUUCAAUGGAAAGCUCUGAUGAGGGGGACCCACCUACACAAACUCAGGUGUCAAGUAUUCUUCGUCUUCUUCUUCUUCCAUCGCUACUGCUAGGCACCAUCGUUAAGCUGUCUCCUGCUUUCCCUCUCUAACCUUUCCUCUGUCCUUCUACUUUUCUCACUUUUUAAUGUCUGCCCCCACACCCUACUACCCUGUCCUAUUGCGUGGGCCGAUGUUUUUGCCAUUCGGGUCUCUCUCUUUUCUGUCGGUGAAGAUAUCCACAGCCAUCAAAAAAGAAAUUUGAUUGAGCCAAUUGAAAGGGUCUGAUUCUCUUUGGAAUUCGCAGAGAGCUGAAGAACAGUGAUUCAGAAAGACUGGAGCAAAUUGGGGUAUCAUCAAAAAAGAAGAAGAAGGAGAAGAGUGGUAUCAUCACUAUCUAUUUGGUGUAUGGAGACUUGGAUUGUCACCGGUAAAAUGGGUGAGUUUUGAAGAAUUGGCAUUGAAGGAUAUUUUUAAGUAAAUUUGUCUUGGAGUCUUGAAAAAUCUUUGAAGUGGGGUGGAAAGAGUGAGGCUCUUGAACAAUCUUUGAAGUGGGGUGGAAAUAUUCUUUGCCAGAAUUGGUGUUUCGUCCAGGGCAAGAUACUGGUUAAGCCGUUAAGGCUUCUGGGUGGAAAGUUCGAAAAAGAAAGCUGUGAUUCCUUGCCAGCCAAACAAAGCUUUAGUUCCUUGUGCUUGACUCUGUUGGAAAGCCUCAGAAUUUGAUAUUGGAGUUUAUUCAUCUUCUUUGAGAAUACUGAGCUGCAUAUAUGUUCCUAUUAACCUAUCAAUUCCAGGACUCUGAUCUUCAGGCCUCACUUGGUAGUAUCAGCAGGAUCUCUGGAUGAACAACUUCUGCUAAAGUCCAAUAAUCACAUUAACCAUGGCAAACAGAUUAGAACAGCACCCUACGCAAUUUGGAAAAUAUCACGCAGGGUGUAUAUGGGGUUUCAUUAAUUUCCUCGACUUUGGCCAUCGCCGAUCAGCUCGUAGGCUGCUUGUAGAUAAAAGGACUACUAGCAGACGAAAUGUUGGUCCGGGAUAUUACUGGUCUAAACUGCAGAAGCUGACAGAACCAAAUGGGUCCUCUCGAGUAUUUUUCGAUGGUGAAGGAAGAAAGGCUUUGAUAGUUGAUAUCAUGAAGACAAGCAUAAAAGAACUUAUGGAAGAAGAGAUGUUGAGUGAACAAGAGCAGAACCAGCAGAUUAUUGCUGAUAUCCAAACUGAAGAAUUUGACUCAGAAAGUAGAGGCUAUGGGAAAAAGAACUGCAAGAUAAGAAGUGAGAGUAGCACGAGUGCUUGUGAUAUACAUGAUGAGUUGGAUGCUGCUGGAAACUUCGGAUCUGAAAACCAUUCUCAUCAAGAAUCAGAGGAGGAAACAAAUCUUGAUGCGAAGCAUGAUUCGAAUAGUGACAUUCAGUCUGAGCAGGCACAUUCUGUAUUUACCGGAAAACUAGUUGAUGCAAUUAAGGUUUUUGUGGAUCAGAGGAUGACAGUUGGGAACCAUCUCACAAAAUAUGAGACAGCCGAGCGCUCCAAUGAAUUUAUGAAUGCACUUCAGACAUUAAGUACAAAUAAAGAACUGAUUUUGAAACUCUUAAAAGAUCCAAACUCCCUGUUGGUGAAGCACAUUGAAGACUUGGAGGAUGCUCAGCCAGAGGAAGACCAAAAUCCAAGUUUCUUAUCAAAAGACAACUUGAUAGAUCGGGAGGUAAAAGUCUCAAAACUAUCUGAGCCUGUUGAGCGGAAGCAGCACAACUUCUUCAGGAGAAAGAGCAAGUCUCAGGAAAAAAUCUUGUUGAAGGGACAUGAAAAUUGUCAAACUUCAAAUAGGAUUGUCAUUUUGAAGCCUGGACCAGCAAUUGUUCAUAAUCAACCUGAAGGGAAGCAUUCAUCAUUGCGAUCUUCUCAUCACAAGGUGCAGACUGAAAGAACUGCUUCCCAAUUUUCCUUUGCUAAAAUUAAAAGAAAGUUGAAGCAUGCUAUGGGAAAGGAGCGGCACGGAGUCCCUUUGGAUGAUCGUAAAGUUUUUUACAAGCAUAAAAACUCAGGAAGUAGAGCAAAAGGCGAUGGGGAAAAGGUUGGAUGGAAAUCUCCAAAUAGAAACCAUUUCUUUAAUGAAAGAUUUGCCAGACUCACAAUUGGCACCAAGAACAAAGAGAAGAGUUCCAAGCCAGAUGAUGCUGAAACAAGCAUGGGAAGAAGAGAUAUGGAAUAUACCAAGCUCAAGGUUUAUAACAAUCUCUACAUUGAGGCCAAGAAACAUCUCUCAGAAAUGCUGAGCGAUGGAGAUGAAAUUGGGGAUUUCUCAAACAGCCAGCCACCAAAAACACUGGGAAGGAUUCCCUCUCUUUCCGAUUACUUGUCUCCUGAUUUUGUGAUGGCACAGAAGAAGCUUUCACAUGACAAUAGUGUUCAUGUGGCCAACGAGGACUCGUGGAAGCUUACGCCAGACGGAGAUGUCAGUCAUUUAGGUCCUUCAAGGGAGAACUUCAUUCUUAGAUCAUGCACUACUGAAAACCCUGAAUACACAUUACAGUCUUGUAACUUGAAUUCAGAUGUUUUGGAUGAGCUAAAUCAUACAAAUGCAGUGGAAGCAAUGUGUUCAAUGAGACCUGAGAAGAAUUUUGAAGCUGAUGUGGAGAUAGUAGAAAUAAGUGAUGCAUCAACCCAGGAAGAGAGCAAAGUUUUGGACGAUACAGUUGAACAAUCUAGCUCUUCAGAUAUUAGAGACGAGCAAGAUGGUGAUCUUACUGAAGCUUUUGAUGAAGAUGAAUAUGCCCAAUGCUUGAAAUCGGACUUAUUUGAUGAGGGCCAAUCACUGUCACCUCCAUUAACUUCCGCUCCAAGCUCUUCAAUCAUCAAUCUUGUUGCAGAUCUAGAUAUAUCCAAUGAAAGACCAGAGCGGCAUAGUCCUGUAUCUGUGCUUGAGCCCUUAUUCACAGGUGAUGACAUCAGCCCUACAAUCAUCAAAUCCCAACCUGUUGAACUUGCACUGCAGCCACGUGAGAUCAUUUUCGAUGAGCAGUUCUCUUCUGCGACAAAUCAAGGUAGUUUUCUAAGAUCUUGUUUGGAGGAUGAGGAAUCCUCGUUCGACUAUGUUGAAGCAGUGUUGUUGGCUUCUGGCUUGAACUGGGAGGAGUUUCUCUCAAGGUGGCUUUCUUCGGAUCAAAUUCUUGAUGCAAAAUUGUUUGAUGAGGUAGAGUUAUUUUCAAACCGCUCUCGUCAGGACCAAAAGCUUCUCUUUGAUUGCACCAAUGAUAUCCUCAAGGUGGUUUGUGAUCGCUAUUUUGGCAAUUCUCCCUGGGUAUCAUUUGCCAAGCAUAUCAUCCACCCAAUCCCAAGGGGGAAGAGUUUCAUCCACGAGGUAUGGAACGGAGUGGAGUGGUGUAUUUUCUCACAGCCUUAUUCUUGCACUUUGGACCAGAUUGUCGGGAACGACAUGUCGAAAGCAGGAACAUUGAUGGACCUCCAAUUUGAUGUUGAAAAUAUUGGCAUUGAGAUUGGAGAAGCCAUUGUCAAAGUGUUGGUCGACGAAAUCAUAUGGACUUUCAUAAAUGAAGAUCCAGAAAUUCGUUCAUCUGUGCAUCCAGAAGAUUUGAUAAAGAUUGAAUAACACCAAUUUGUGAAAUGCGGCCUACUUUGUUUCAACUGCCUAUCAGGAGGAAGGCGUCUAAACAAGUUUCGACCUUAACUAGCUCUCUCACUUGAGGCUUUCUGAAGAUAAUUUGAUACCUUCUUUUCUCAGUUUUCCAGCAAAAACAUGGGAUAUGACGAGUUUUCUGGUCCAUCUAACCCUAACUUAGGUGCUCUCUGGGCAAAAGAUAUGAAAUAGAAGAUACUUACGACAUUGAAAGGGGUUCGAGAUGAUCUACCUUCAGUGUAAAUGCUCCAUCUGGAAACUAAAACCAAACCAAAAGAGUUAAAAGGUGUUUCAGCUUGUAUAGUUUGUAGAGUUUGGCGUGUGGAAUGUGUGAUGUAUCGAUUUGUUACCAGAAAAUUUCCCCUUUGCUUGUUGUUUGAUACCAUUUCUCCUUUUGUACUCUUUCUUUGUUCUUUGCAUCUUUCUUUCUGUAGCUAGACAGUUGUGAGUAUUGUGAGUGAUGACCAGUCAGUUGUAAAUGAAGAAACAGAAAGGGUUUCUUUGUUUCGUUGUUGAUCUUCAGAUUUUCUCC